UCAAAUAUAAAGAGAAAAAGAGAAAAGAGAGGUGUCGUGUGUCGUCUUACCUUUCAAUUUCAUCCUCCUUUGUAUAUAUAAGAGCUACCCAGCCAACUAAUCCAACCACAAUCCAACUCAGACUCCUCCCUUCUUUCUCUCCCUCUCUCUCUAUUCCCCCAUCUCUCAUGGACUGGACAAGAGGCCGCACCCUCGGUCGUGGGUCGUCGGCCACGGUCUCUCUCGCUACAGCUGUUCGGUCCGGGGAGACGGAGAUCUUUGCUGUUAAGUCCGUCGAGCUCUCGCGGUCUGAGUUCUUGCAGAGGGAGCAGAGAAUUCUUUCUUCUAUCAGAUGUUCUCGUAUUGUUGGGUAUAGAGGAUGCGACAUCACCUCCGAAAAUGGUCAGCUUUUGUACAACUUAUUCAUGGAGUACGUACCCGGUGGCUCACUUACGGAUGCAAUUCAGAAGCAAGGCGGCCGGCUCGACGAAUCUGCAAUUCGAUUGCAUUUACGCCAAAUUCUGGGGGGGAUACAUUAUCUUCACACCAGUGGUUUGGUCCAUUGCGACAUUAAGGGUCGGAAUGUUCUAAUUGGAAAGGAUGGUGCCAAGAUUGCAGACUUGGGUUGCGCCAGAUGGGUCGAUCAGGUGUCUGAAUCGAUGUCCAUUGCCGGGACGCCGGUCUUCAUGGCACCUGAAGUCGCUCGUGGGGAUGAACAGGGGUUCCCUGCCGACGUCUGGGCUAUUGGGUGUACGGUGAUUGAGAUGGCCACCGGACGUCUCCCGUGGUCGGACGCUUCCGACCCGGUCUCUGCCCUUUACCGAAUUGCGUUUACGGAAGAUACGCCGGAAUUGCCGAAUUGCCUGUCCGAACAAGCAAAGGAUUUCUUAAGCAAGUGUCUAAGGAGAGAUCCAAAAGACCGGUGGACGAUUAGUCAACUUCUUAAACAUCCGUUUGUGGAUGAACCCAGUUCCGGUCUCAACCAAAUUCAGGACUCUGCUUCCAAAUCUCCAACGAGUAUAUUGGAUCAAGCCUUCUGGGACUCACUCGAGGAGCCGGAAACACCCCGGAGCCUUCGCUCUCUGAAUUCUCCAGCUGAGAGGAUCCAGCAGUUAUGUGGGAACAUUUCAUCAUCGUCAUCUCCAAGGCUACCCGACUGGAGCUGGGACAAUAGUUGGAUCACAGUCAGAAGCAACAGCACCACCACAACUAACAACUGCUUCCAGGAGGUGGAACAAGAUAAUUCCUUGAGCCGGGACCAGAGUAUGACCCCAGCCGAUGAACCCACAACGGUUAAUGGGUCAUUUACAGUUAGCGACGAAGAGCUCAAUUUUUAUGGAAGCUCUGGCGUCAAUGAGGAUUCUAUGAAUUACUCUGUUAAUGAUAUUAGUGGUAGGAUAGGAUCUGAUAUUGACUGUAAAUGUGAUAACGUUUUAUCUAGAAACAAUAUCAAUUACGAGAAUUUGUUUCCUUCAAUCAAAAUUCUCUUCAACGAUAUAAAAAUAUAGUAUAAGUCGA